AUUUAUGUUCUUCUCCUUCUUCUUCCUUCGCCGCAAGGCAUCUUCUCUUCUUCCUCAAAUUUUCAUCUCUGCUUCCGAUUUCUCUUCUUUCUCAUUCGACCAUCUUACUAUCAACCAUCACUCUCCCAACCUCAUCAAACAGACCCAUGCUCGCAUCUGCUUACAUGGACUCCAUCUUGAAUCUUUCUUCGCCACUAAACUCAUAUCCGCCUACUCUGCGUGUGGUUACCAAGAUGAUUCCCGAGCCGUCUUUGAAUCAGUUCCAAUUAAGAACGUCUAUCUAUGGAAUACAACCAUCACCGGAUACGUUAAGAAUCGUCUUUAUAACCAAAGUUUCUUCCUCUUUAACCAAAUGAACAUCAGCACCCACGACUCGCCUGAUGAUUUCACCUUCUCUAUUCUCGCAAAAGCCUCCUCCGCCAUGGGCGAUCUUCUCGUCGCGAAAUCCGUUCAUGGUAAGUGCAUUAGAGUUGGGUAUAUGUCGGAUACCGUCCUUGCUAAUUCCCUCUUAUCCAUGUACGCUGCAAUUGGCCAGUUCAUGGAUGCUAGUUUGGUGUUCGACGAAAUGCCGCAAAGAAAUGUAUCAUCUUGGAAUGCUUUAAUUGCAGGUUAUACAAGUAUUUCUCACUGUAAUCACAACAAUUACGUCUGGGAUUGCAUUAAACGGAUGCAGAUUGACGGGUUUAAACCGAAUGCCUACACCGCUUCCACCCUUCUUCCUUGUUGCGAACAUGAUAACAACAAAUCGGAUCGUGGAAAAGAGCUUCAUUGUUACAUAGUGAAGAACACCACGGGCUACGACGAUCAUACUGGUUGCUGUUUGAUAGAUAUGUAUUCCAGAACUAACAGAAUCAAGUUGGCAAGACGAAUAUUCGAUAGGUUAAAACAAAGAAACGUCUUUGCGUGGACUGCAAUGGUUAACGGAAGUGUACUAAAUGGAGAACCGGGUGAGGCUAUAGUUCUUUUUCGUGAAAUGCAAUUUCUAGACGGAAUUGAACCGAAUAGGGUUUCACUUUUGAGUAUUCUUCCUGCAUUCGGCUCACAGAGUGGACUAAUGGGUGGAAGACAGAUCCAUGGAUAUGCUUUUAGAAGACAACUGAAUCAUGAACCUCCUUUGAGCAAUGCUCUAAUAGAUAUGUACUCCAAAUGUGGCAGUCUUAUACAUGCUAGAUUAGUGUUUGACAACGGUUCGUUUUCUAAAGACACGAUUUCUUGGAGCACGAUGAUUUCUGCUUACGGGUUACAUGGAAAAGGCGAGGAAGCGGUUGAUCUGUAUUACACUAUGAUUCGAUUCGGUAUCAAACCUGACAAGGUUACCAUAGUGGGAGUUCUUUCGGCCUGUGGUAGGACAGGACUUGUUAAUGAAGGACUCAAUAUUUAUAAAUCAGGUGUAAAUGAGUUUGGAAUUGAACCCACAAUGGAAAUGUGUGCUUGUAUGGUCAAUAUGUUGAGCCAAUCCGGUCAGCUAGACCGAGCCUUGGAGUUUAUCCAGGGAAUGGGGAUGGAACCGGGUCCAAGCGUAUGGGGAGCACUUCUCAGUGGUUCUGUGAUUCACGGAAAUGUGAAUUUACAAGAUUUGGCGAUUAAGAUUCUUAUGAAGAUAGAACCUGAAAACCCUUCUAACUAUGUUUCACUUUCCAAUAUACAUGCCUCUUCCAAGAGGUGGGAUGUUGUUGCUAAUGUUAGAAGUGUUAUGAAGGAGAGAAAGAUGAGGAAGUUGCCCGGAUGCAGUUGGAUCGACGUUAAUAACAAAACUCAUAGUUUUUAUGUUGCUGAUAUCGCGCACACUUGUUCAAAUUUGAUUUAUGAAAUGGUGGGCGAUAUCGCUUCGGGAAUGAAGGUUAUACAAUAUGUUCCUGAUUUAGAAAAUUCAUAAUUUGACAUAUUGGAUGAACAUACAUAAUAAGCAUUGCAAGAGGGUUUUGUUU